UGCCUUUUAUUCAUUAAUAAUUUUUUUGUGGUCUCCCUCAGCCGUUUGGGCUCUCCUGAUAAGUGUGCCGUUUCUUGACUGAAUAAAAGUGAGGAAAAAAGGAUGGCUCCAGUGACGACGAGCCUGCAAGCUGCUGCCUUGAAAUGGAGGCUUUUUUUCAAUGUGCAGGACUGUAACAGAGAUGAUUCUCUUUCAACUCGUAUUAGUUGCAGCAUUUAUAUUGCUGUGGGGGGAAAUGCUGAAUUGGGACUACCAAAGAGUGCGGGACGAUUGCAGCUUUUUUCUGCAAGGUUGUGAAUAUAAACAAACAAAAAAUGACAAAGUGGAAUGGACUUUUUUUGGCGGGUGAGGGCGGGGGGAGGCGGAGAGAGGGGUGGGGGGUGUUUGGUGGUGUGAGGAUUGCGGGCUGUGGUUGGGUAUGCCAGUGCCACGUGUCUACCCUGGCACCUCUUUUCUCGACACGGAGGAUGUCGGACAGAGAGCCUUGGUUGUCACCGUCCAGAUUGUGAGAAGCCUGAAAGAAUCAAGGACUAUUAUAGUGUCCUACUCUGCCCCCCCCCCCCCCCCCCCGUCCACCCCCACAGACAACACAGGUAGACUGAAGAGACCAACGCCUUGGUUAUUUAGGUUUAGAGCCUGUCCAGCUAGUUUUUGUCACUUGAAGGAGUAUGUUGCCAACCCUGUCCCUCUGUUCCAUCAUUUGGUUAAACCGGGGUAUCAAGCUGAGGAAAGUGCUCCACAGCGCCAACACUGGCCUGCUCUGAGGCAGCAGCACCCUACCUACCUUCCUCCAUAGACUCGGCCAUUUUAGCAAUGCUUCUUAGCUUCGGUUGAUAGUUCUAAACGGCCACUACUCAUCACCCACUACUGCCUGUACAUUUCUGGGUUGCCGUAGCAUCGGGCCGACAUUCGCAUCCUCUCAGCGUCUUCGGCAGCUUUUCUCGGUUUCCCAAAAUGGCGGUCGAGGGUUUCCAGUACCGUGCCCUCUACAUGUACACCAAGGAUUUGGAGGAAGAUGUUGAUCUGCACCCCGGGGACAUUCUGACCGUCAGCAAGGCCUCCCUGCUCUCCCUGAACUUCAAGGAGGGGGAUGAGGAGCGUCCCGAGCUCCUAGGCUGGCUGCUGGGCUUCAACGAGCGGACCAAGCAGAGGGGGGACUUCCCGGGGACAUACGUUCAGUUUGUGGGCCAUGUGAGGAUGUCACCGCCAUCCAGUCAGCCUCGCUCCCAAAGAAUCCUCCCAGCAGCCCCAGGGCCUGAGCUGUCACAGCAAGCUGUUUCUCUUCUGGAUUUGACUGAGCAGUUCACACCGCCAGAAACUGCUCCCCCUACCCUGGUGAACCUAGUGGAGGCCAUUGAGAAGAAAGGUCUGGACUGCAAGACACUGUACAGGACACGUCUCGCAUCCGGCUCAGAUGGCCCAACACAGAGCCAGAGAGAGGAGGUGGAGUCGGGGCCUGGUAGUGACGUGGGCGCCGUGUCGGAGUGUUUACUCCGCUACCUGCGGGAGCUGCCGUCCCCCGUCAUCCCCCCCGGUGUUUACCCAGACCUGCAGGCUGUGCUGCAGCAGGGCGCCGCGGGUACAUGCCACAUUUCACUCACCCCUGCUUGUGCGCAACCAGUGCCCCCCACCAACCCAUCCCCAGCCCCGACGAAACAGACCCAGGCAAUAGCAAACUGGUCCAAGGCUGUGGCGGCGAGCAGCAGUGGAGGCAGGGAGCUGAGCCUGGUCCUGGAGAGGGCCACCAGCAUGCCCCUGCAUCACCGCCUCACCCUGCACUACCUGCUCACACACCUGGGUAAGGUGGUCCAGACCUCCCAUCUUAAUGGCCUGGACCUUCACACCCUGGGUCUGGUUUUUGGGCCGCUGCUGAUCCGGCCCAGCUCCGCCACUGGGUGGGAGGUGGGGGAGGAGUUCCCUGCACUGGCACUGGAGAGGCUUCUGAUGGAGAUGGCCAUGGGACAGGAAGUCACGCACCCAGCUCUACCAGCCAUGCCAGUAAAGGUCAAAGCUACAACUCCAGCCAUGACUGAGAGCAGCAUACUGAGUGAUUCGGAGUGGUACUGGGGUGAAAUCUCCAGGGAGGAAGUGAAUGAGAAGAUGAGAGACACUCCUGACGGGACGUUCAUGGUCCGCGACGCCUCCAGCAAACUGGAGGGAGAGUACACACUGACCCUCAGGAAAGGCGGCAACAACAAGCUGAUCAAGGUCUGCCACCGGGAAGGUCGCUAUGGCUUCUCAGAGCCUCUCACCUUUAUCACGGUGGUAGAGCUCAUCAACCACUACCGCCAUGAGUCCCUGGCCCAGUACAACGCCAAGCUGGACACCCGGCUCCUCUACCCUGUAUCCAAAUUCCAGCAGGAGCAGCUGGUGAAGGAGGACAGCACUGAGGCGGUGGGCGAGCAGCUGAAGGUGUACCACGAGCAGUACCAGGAGAAGAGCUGGGAGUACGACGUGCUCUACGAGGAGUACACACGCACCUCACAGGAGCUCCAGAUGAAGCGCACAGCCAUCGAGGCCUUCAACGAGACCAUCAAGAUCUUCGAAGAGCAGUGUGAGACUCAGGAGCGCUACAGCAAAGAGACCAUCGAGAAGUUCCGACGUGAAGGCAACGACAAAGAGAUCCAGAAGAUCCAAAGCAACUCGGAGCGUCUGAAGUCUCGGGUGACAGAGAUCCACGACAGCAAGAGGAAGCUGGAGCAGGACCUGAAACAGCAGGCAACCGACAACAGAGAGAUCGACAAGAGGAUGAACAGCCUGAAACCAGACCUCAUGCAGCUAAGGAAGAUCAGGGACCAGUACCUGGUGUGGUUGACACAGAAGGGGACGAGGCAGAAGAAGAUUAAUGAAUGGCUGGGCAUAAAGAACGAGGCAGAAGACUCCUACUGGCUGGUGGAGGAGGACGAAGGCUCGCCCCACCAUGACGCCGGCACCUGGUACAUGGGCGACAUCAAGCGCACCCAGGCAGAGGAGCUGCUGAGGGACAAGUGUGACGGAACCUUCCUCAUCCGAGAGAGCCAGACGCAGAAGGGCUCCUAUGCCUGCUCUGUAGUUGUGGACGGCGACGCCAAGCACUGCGUCAUCUACAAGACGGACAAAGGCUAUGGCUUUGCCGAGCCCUACAACCUUUACAGCUCCCUGAAGGACCUGGUGCUCCACUACAAGCACGAGUCCCUGGUCCAACACAACGACCAGUUGAAUGUAACCCUGGCCUACCCGGUCCUCACCUAGACCUAGCAGCAGCACCCCAGAUGAGGGGCAGCGUGGCAUGACGACCCCCAAUGGAGACCAGAGCUUCUAAAGCAUGGCAAAUCAAGCACACUACGUACUACAGUACCAACCACAGUAAACAUGAGACAAAAAACAUAGACGUGUUCGUAGACGAAAAACAACAUAAGCACACAGUUAUGAUAUAAGCUUUCAGACCAUAGUUAGAAGAGCAAGAGGGAGUGAGAGAGGAAAGGAGAGAGUCGGGAAGCUAGAGGGUAAAGAUACUGGAUGUAGAAUAGAUUUUUGGGGAAGGGAAGUUGAUGCCAGCUUUCAGAUGCAUGGUGCUGAAAAGGAGGGCUGGGGUGGAGGGUCAAACUGUUAGAUUCUAUAAAAAGCUUGCUUAAGUGCCAUAGAGAGCCUUGAUUGACCACAAGCCUGUGUUGGGAAAGAAGGGGACUGUGGGGUGGGUGGGUUGGUGCUGGGAGGGAGAGCAAACUACAGCUUUAGAAAUAUAUAUAUAUAUAUAUAUAUAUUGUUUUUUUAAGUCCAAUUUCCAUGAACCUGCCGUGGGCUCUCCUCCAGUUUGUUGUAAGAUAUAAAUUCUUUAUGAAAAGAGAUGUGAUAUAUUUGGUGUAUUGUGAAUAUAUAGAUGAUAUUCACAAUAGAUCAAAUAUAUAGUGUAUUGAUGAAUACAGUUUCUAAAGGGAUUCAAGUUUCCCUUUUCUGUUUAAUCAUGGCUAGUGGAGAAAUCCCUCCAAGCUCGUUUCUACAUUUCUGUUCUAGUCAGGAUUGGGCUCAAUUCCAUUUAGAUUCCAGUCAUUUCAGGAAGUACACGGAAAUUCCAAUUCCAAUGGUCUUUAAUGCUUUUCAAUGAGGAACAUUUUACAUUGGAAUGUAAUAUACUUUCUGAAUUGAGUGGAAUUCAAAUGGAAUUGACCCCAACUCUGCUUCUAGUGCUUUCUUUUAUACUGUAGCCUAUAGCCAUGAUUGACUAUGGUAUUACUGUUAGUAUUCAUGGUGUUUUUAUUUCUACGUGAAUAUACUCACAGAGCAUCAAUCUAUUGGAUCUUAACUCUCUGUACUUAGUCUCUAGGAAGCCUGUCUAGUACAAUGUUCUUCUCACAAGCGUUUGCUCACAGCGUUACUACUACUCACAGUACUUCCUCUUUGAGCUUGACUGUUGUUUUUAUUUGACACAAGCUUGAUUCACAGAGCUGUAGAACAUUGUUGUACAUAAGAAAAAAAACGGAUUAUUGUAGAAAGCCGUUAUAUGACCCAUAUAUCUACAGACAGUAACAGGCAGUGUGACUGUCAGUCUAAAAGCUGUAUUUGCUGUACGUAACCAUGCAAACAGAAAGUAUUGAAUGCUUUCCUUCCCAACUGUGUCCCCCCGCAGGGGAAACUGCUUUCCUUCCCAACUGUGUCCCCCCGCAGGGGAAACUGCUUUCCUUCCCAACUGUGUCCCCCCGCAGGGGAAACUGCUUUCCUUCCCAACUGUGUCCCCCUGCAGGGGAAACUGCUUUCCUUCCCAACUGUGUCCCCCCGCAGGGGAAACUGCUUUCCUUCCCAACUGUGUCCCCCCGCAGGGGAAACUGCUUUCCUUCCCAACUGUGUCCCCCCGCAGGGGAAACUGCUUUCCUUCCCAACUGUGUCCCCCUGCAGGGGAAACUGCUUUCCUUCCCAACUGUGUCCCCCCGCAGGGGAAACUGCUUUCCUUCCCAACUGUGUCCCCCCGCAGGGGAAACUGCUUUCCUUCCCAACUGUGUCCCCCUGCAGGGGAAACUGCUUUCCUUCCCAACUGUGUCCCCCCGCAGGGGAAACUGCUUUCCUUCCCAACUGUGUCCCCCCGCAGGGGAAACUGCUUUCCUUCCCAACUGUGUCCCCCCGCAGGGGAAACUGCUUUCCUUCCCAACUGUGUCCCCCCGCAGGGGAAACUGCUUUCCUUUCCAACUGUGUCCCCCCGCAGGGGAAACUGCUUUCCUUCCCAACUGUGUCCCCCCGCAGGGGAAACUGCUGGAGGAUGCGCAGUAUCCAGCUAAACGAGCCAAAUGAAGGAUGUCUUUCAUGUAGCAAAAACAAUAUCUGAUCCGUUUUGAGCAUGACCACAGAGAUUCGAGAGAAUUUCUAUAAGUACAGAAUGCAUGUAAAUCCUUCUUUUGGAUAGUACCUAGAAACUCGCCCUGGUACUCGUGCUGUUUUAAGUGUGUACGUCUCAUGUCGUAGACCAGUAUAAUGCACAAACAAUAGUAAGUGAAUAAGAAUACAUGGAGAUUUACAGACACACUCAGUGUGGAGUGAAUCCCUCCACAGGUACUGAGCAGUACUUUUGUUGUGUGGCUUCAGGGACUUACUCUGCCAAUGCUUCUAUUCCUUUUCCAUAGCAUAGACUUUGUUUGUGUGACUUUGUUUGUGUGAAUACACUUCAGCCAAAAUUUGAAGGUUGAUUCUUGACUUGAAAGUGAAAAUCCACUCAAACUAUCUUUGGUAUUUGUUUUUUUCAUUAGUCCACUUGAUACAGUCCCAAAACAUUUUAGGACUGUAUCAACAGAAAAAAAUCUAAAUAAUUUUAUUGAAUGGAUUUUCCCUUUAAAGAAACAUCAUGUAAUGAAACUGAGGAUAUCGAGGAUUUAAAUUUGGUGACUUGAUUUAAGUGCUGCAUUUAGAUUCGUUGAGAAAGAGGGAACAUUUGUAGAAUGAUGGCCACUCCUUUUUGGGCAGUUCUAAACAUGAUCAUUUGCUCAAAGUGUGAUUUAUUUUUGCUCUUUUGGUAAUACAGAUUAAGUAUGAUGCGUAAAUAUUGCAAUUGAACAGUCAUGCAAGUGGAUUGGUUAAUUAGUUAUGGGAAAUUAGAUGGUACAAAUGUUGGUUGGAGACAAAAAAUUAUGUUAAGGAUAAAUACAUUGGUACUGUUUAAUGGUGCUUUGGACAGUUCUUGGCCAGAAGACUAGACAAGAAUUAAACUCAAAGUGACAUUAGUUGGGUGUCUUGAGAGGGAUAUAAAAGAGUGUGAAUCACAAAGUUAAGAAGUGCCUUCUCUGUCUGUGUUACUUAGCUCUUGUCUUUUUGUCAGAAGAGCUUCUCUCCUGUAGACAGAGCCACAGUGUACUGUAGUCUUUGCUUAAAAACGACCCGCACUAAAUUCUUCCGCUUCUGUUCGCUACAUACUUUAGUCCGAGUCUACCAUCAUUGAAGUCAUUUGUGGUGAGGAGGCGCGUUUUGCAAAAUAAAGCAAUCAGCGAUUAGAUUGUCUCUAACCAAUUAGUGUCAAAGCCAAUGACGAAUUUUCAAAUUGCCGCUUUACCUACGUGUUCUGGCUCUGGCCCAAUCCAUCGGUUUCUGGACCAAUCAGGUGGCCCCGAAAUAUAUUUGCAUUCGGGGUCGGCGAGGUAUUGCGUAAGAAACUAGCGUCCAGGGGUGUGGCAUAGCGUUUGGCUGGAGCAAGGAGUCUGAGUAGCCAGGCAACUAAUGUCAACCCCUGAAGAGAACUGGCAAAUGAGCAAAGUUAUCGUCUUUCCUUUAGUGUGUGUGUGUGUGUGUGUGUGUGUGUGUGUGUGUGUGUGUGUGUGUGUGUGUGUGUGUGUGUGUGUGUGUGUGUGUGUGUGUGGUGCGAGUUAUGGAGGUUGUUUGUUUAGUUAUGCUCCUCUUUUGUUCUUUUUUGUGACUGGGGCUAUUUCUUGGUGCUCUUCAGUGAGCGAGGCAGAUUCCUUUGGGGUUUGUUGUAUAGUUUAUUGAAUCAAACCUAGAGUGGAUAGAAAUGUGAAUACACAGUCGUAGCCCAACACCGCGUUUUGUUGAAUAAGCCGAAUCUCAUUCGAUAAGCACUCAAUUGAAUGCAUGCAGUUUUUCUGUGUUUUCACAUCAAUACCCUGUGAAUUCAGAUCCCGUUUACCCAGCUACUGACGUAUUUAUUUACAGUCCGUCGGACCAUCAUUUUGUGAAUGUGCUUUUUCCUGUUCCACACUCCUUAAUUGAGUGUGUCUAGGUCUAAAAAAAGUCAAUUAAUUCUAAACCAUGUCAGUGAAGCUCAGUAAGCCAUGAUAGUGUUUUUUUAUUAAGCGUCUCAUGUCAGGGAUGUUUUAUCUGACUUUCUUUGUGAAUCAAAGUGAAACCCGUUGGUGUCCCCUUACACAAUACAUAGGGUGGAGGCAUAACAAACUUUGAAAUAGUAGCCUGUAUUCUGAACCUGUUUUGAAAUUGACCUUGAGGCAAGAGGGACUAAUGUCCAUUAUUGCUGUUUUUCAUGAUUAAAUUGUUUAACUGUAUAUACUAUAAAACUGUGUUCCGUGUCUGGUUUUGAUUGUGUCAGGCCUACCCAUUUCCCAUUUGAAAAUGGGUGACCCAUUUCAAACCAAAUGAAAGGGAAGCUAGCUAAUAUGCAAUCGGUGUAAUUGGUCGGUCCUCAGCUCUCUAAUGCUAUAUGAAUGUCAUGGAGUCACAUUAACGUCACUUGCAUUAACAUUACUGUUAACAUUUGUGCAGUGAUCGUGUUUCAGUGGUCGUGCCCAAUGAGAUUGGUUUGCGGAUGAGGGUGAGUUGACCGUUGUUGUGCUUUGACUUGGAGCAGAAGUUGCUUUGAAUUGUCCUUUACCAUGUUAUCGUGAAACAGCAUGUGUCUGAGCACCCGCCAAAAUGAUCAGAUGAAUUACCCAUUAUUGCUUAUCUCUGGUACAAAAUACCUGUAAUAAGGUAUCAUACUUCUACCAUAUAAUUUACUGAAUACAAGUAAUUAACAUUUAUUACAUUUGAUGAAUAUUUAGGUUUGAAGCAUAUUUGGAAGAAAUAUAUAGAAAUAUAUCUUGACAUAUUGUUUUGGGUUAUAUAUUCUGAUUUAAUUAUGCUGGAAACGGAUCAGAAACAGACGCUAACUUAAUCAGAGCUUUGAUGCUAACGCGUCUAUUCACGUGCCACAGCAGCAUUUCAUCAGUGGGCCAAGUGGUUUCUAGUUUCCAGAAACUGAGCUUUAUCAUAAUCAACAGCAAGCUUCCCUUCUUUUUUGUGGUUCUAUUGAUUUUAAUUGACCCACAAUAAUUAUAAUGAAGAGGAGGCAGGCUCAUCUAUGUUUAAAAUGAAGCUCUCAAUCUAGUUGUCCAUGAUGAUUUCAUACUGAUUGGUCAACCUUGGCCUCAUUUAACCAACUCACACAUAUGUGUUUGUAUCAAGUCUGAGUCAAGAUUAUCAGUAGCCUUGACACCAGUGUCUUUCAGCAAAGCUCCAUUGUUGCUAUCCUACCAAGGGCGGUGACAACAGAGCUGACCAGCACUGGGACUAGCUGCUAUCUAGACUACAGCCUGUAUAUUUUUAAGAUGAUAAGAUUGUUUUUCUAAGCAGAAAAUAGUUUCCUAUACAGAUCUGCUUUGUCCAUAGGAUGGGGAAAGCACCCUUUAUUUUCAUUUAUUUCAGAUCAUGGUGGCAAUUAUUUUUAUUUUGACAUGAACGUGUAUUCUCAGUUUGAGAUUCUGGUUGUGUUUUCUUUUUGGCAAAAGGAGGCAGUUUGAAAGUUUCACCAGGGGAGUGUUUGAGAUGGUAUGAAAAUAAUGUAUGAUUCGAAGAGCGGGGCAUUUAUUAAUCAUUGGAUAAAGUCCCCCCAAAUGCACUAGAAAACACAUACUUUAUACCAUCCAAACAUGUUGCCAACAACAAUAGUUAAGGUACAAAUGUAAAUGGUUCAGCAACACUCCUUCGGUGAAUAACAGACCUUUGUACAUGGAACAAUGAUGGCAUUAGAAAGUGUUCCUUUAAGGUGCCUGAGUAGGGUUUGUUUUUAAUUUGGCUUUUAAGCUAAUUGAUUUGUCUGUCCAAGUGUUUGUUUUGGUUUGUUUUGUUUGUUUUUGUUUGUUAAUGAUAACCGUACAGAAUCUAUCAAAUAAGCUAGCUUGAAUAUUUUCCUCCAUACAGAAAAGUACAAAUGUUUACGAUAUCUAAUUAACCAAAUAGCAAGUAUGCGUUUGAGAAUCAAUCUGUCUGUCACUAAAAAUGACUGAUAGAUUGAUUUGAUUUAUUUCUUUCCUCUGUCAUUUUAAACUUGAAGAUGUUAUGACUGCUUAUUCUUUUGUUUAGAUGUUGUUGUUUUUUACUUGUCAAACAGUGCUCCCUCAAUAUGACAAAAAUAAGAAUUGUUACCAUCGUCUGCUUAGAACAAAAUCGACUAUUUAAAAAUAAAAAUGGCACCCGGGGCAGAAUGGUCCCUGGGUGGCUUAGAAUCAUUAAAGAGAGGCUGAACACGCCGUUUGGCAUCUGCUCUGUUUCUCAUUAGAAAAAGUAGAUUUCAGUCUCCGAGGUAUGUUUCCUGACCGAGUCCUCAUUUGGUUAAUGAUGUUUGUCCACCAUUAGACACUGGAAGCCUAUUUCCUUUCCUCAAAAUCCCAUAAUGAAUCUAGGAUAACUCAAGAAAUCUGUAAUUAAUUUAGACCUUUUGGCCGAGGAUGUUUUAGUUGCAAAAUUUGAAAUCUGACUAAGGUGUUUGGUGCAGUAUUUCUCAAGUUAAAAAAAUCAGAGACGCAUUGUCUUAUGUUAACAAAGUCAGAGCUGCUGGGCAGGCCUGCCUUACUGUCUAUGCUAUUGGAUAGAGAGCAAUCACCGCAGCUGGUCACCCCAUAAUAGUGGGUAAAUGGACAUCGUCAAAUCAAAACCCAAAAUUCAUUUACCUGUUGUGACACACGGAUGUUCCAAACUCCGUUUUAGACCAGACUGACUUUAUGACAAAAAUUAUCCUAUUUACACUUUGUAGUAAAUUUUGACAUUAGAAUAAAUGUUUCUGACACAUAUCGAUGACACAAAUCCUAACUUUAGACAAUCUUAACUUUGCGUUUUUGCACAUCGUGCAUUGAUGUCAAUGGGAGAUUUAAAAAAAAAAAUAAUAAUACGUUCAUUUUUUGGAGUUAGUUGCAAAUCUCAAAGUUUUGGCUGUAGAUUACACCAUAGGUGAUUUGGGAGGCUUUAGAUUUCAGAUUGCUGUGAGAGAGAGGUUUAGCCAACUAGUACAUUUUAAUUUGGAAAUGUGAAGAGGCAUGGGUUUCCAUUUUGCACUAAGAGGUUAUCCUUGUCUCACUAUGAUAGAGAAAUGCAGUACAUUCGUUGAAUUGCUCUCUGUCAUUCAAAACAGACUCAAUUAAAAAUGAUGCUUUCAUUUACUUCUGUUAUCUAAUCUCUGCAACCCUUCAAUGUAGAUUUUAUCCUAAGUGGUGUUUGUGAUCAUGUGACAGUCGUAGAAUGCACAUCCGGUACAGUACAUUUUGACAAGACUUUCUUUGCUUUGGAGAAAUCAAAGUACAGUAUGAUAAUAUGAUUCUUACAUGUGGCGCCAUGUUUUCCCUUUUUUUCAAAACAGUAAAUGGACAUGAACCAGACUGUCUGAUAAAGCUACUCUACACCAAAGUGCAAUUGAACUCAGAGGGAGCACUGUUGGUGAACCAGUGGGAGUCUACUCUCCUGGUUGUGGUGUGCACAAUCUUUAUGUAUGGAAGAUUAUUAUUCUUCUCAUCUUUUUCCAGUCUGUCUUAGAUAAUUCAGAUGCAACAUUCUUUCUUUUGUUUUUUGUGUACAGCUUGCUUCGGAGUUGUCUCAAACAGGUACUCUUACUUCUGUACGGUUCUUUCCUUAGGAUGAUGCAAUGAUUAAAAAAAUAAAAUAAAAUAUGUAAGAAGAAGAAA